AUGGCAGGUGCCUCGUCGCAUCAUUGCCAUUCGCACGCGUCGUGGUACGCCGUUCUCUGCCUGCUGCUGCUCUCGUUGUCCCCGACUGCGUGGGCUCAGGUGGGAACGGUGUCGCCGACCAAGGCGGAGUACCUGGCGGAGCUCAACACGCUCGCUUCGAGGCUCAAGAAACAAAGCUGUAGCGUCAUGGCGAAAGCCGUGUCUAGCUUCGCCAGUGAAGUCGAGAAACUCACUGAAGCUAGCUUCUCUGCAGGUUACAAGGAGCUCACCUUCCUCGCACCUUCCGACUUUGCGUUCACAAAAGCAACCUUCCGGCCGCGUGUCUCUGCAGUCAGUCCUUCUGAGAUUGUGAAGUAUCACACUCUAUCAGGGCUCUACAGCUUUGCGCAGCUUAAAGCCCUGCCCAACCGCAGCAAGAUACCUACUGAGGCGGGGAAGAGCAUAGUGAAGCACAGCGUGCGGGCGAGUAAGUUUUGGAAUCCCGGUACGAGUGUGGCGGUGAGCAGCCCGGGAGCGCAGCAGCUGUUUUGGGCGCAGGUGGACACCAAGAAGCUGUUCAACGGCAAGUAUGUGAAGGGGCAUGUCAUUGACUGCGUUCUCGUGCCCAACUGA